AUGUCAUCUAAAGGAGUACACAAGAAAACGAAGGCAGCAGAUGCCACCAAGAAACUAGCGGAGAAAAUCAAGAAACAAGCAUUAUUAAAACAAAAAGAACAACAAUCGAAAGAAGAAUCAUCUAACACAACCACCACAAAAGAAGAUACAACUCAAACAACAACAAUAGAUCCAGAUGCACAAUUAAAAUUUAAUACAUUUUCAGAAUUAAAACUAGUGCCUGAUUUAUUAGAAUCAAUUCAACAAAUGAAAUUUACAAAACCAACUCCUAUACAAUCAGAAGCUAUACCUCAUGCAUUAGAAGGAAAAGAUAUAAUUGGAUUAGCAGUAACAGGAUCAGGUAAAACAGCAGCAUUUGCGAUACCUAUAUUACAAGCAUUAUGGCAUGCUCAAACUCCAUAUUUUGGAUUAGUUUUAGCACCAACAAGAGAAUUAGCAUUUCAAAUUAAAGAUACAUUUGAUGCUCUUGGUGCAACUAUGGGAUUAAGAUCAGUUUGUAUUGUUGGAGGAAUGGAUAUGAUGGAUCAAGCAAGAGAUUUAAUGAGAAAACCUCAUAUUGUAGUUGCAACACCAGGUAGAAUAAUGGAUCAUUUGGAACAUACAAAGGGAUUUAAUUUAAAAAAUUUAAAAUAUUUAGUAAUGGAUGAAGCUGAUAGAUUAUUAGAUAUGGAUUUUGGACCAGCAUUAGAUAAAAUUUUAAAAGUUAUACCAAGUAAAAGAAUAACAUAUUUAUUUUCUGCAACAAUGACAAAUAAAAUUGAAAAAUUACAAAGAGCAAGUUUACAAAAUCCUGUAAGAGUAGCAGUUUCAACAAAAUAUCAAACUGCUGAUAAUUUAAUACAAUCAAUGAUGUUAGUAAAUGAUGGUUAUAAAAAUACUAUACUAAUACACCUACUUAAUGAAUUUAUUGGUAAAUCUAUAAUAGUAUUUACAAGAACAGUAGCUCAUGCACAAAGAACAGCAUUAUUAGCAAGAAUACUAGGGUUUAAUGCAGUACCAUUACAUGGUCAAUUAUCACAAGCUCAAAGAUUAGGUUCAUUAAAUAAAUUUAAAUCUUCAAAAGCAAAUAUAUUAGUAGCAACGGAUGUUGCAGCAAGAGGAUUAGAUAUUCCAUCAGUUGAUAUUGUUAUAAAUUAUGAUAUCCCAACAGAUUCAAAAGCUUAUAUACAUAGAGUUGGUAGAACUGCAAGAGCAGGAAGAUCAGGAAAAUCAAUUUCACUAAUAACUCAAUAUGAUUUAGAAAUGUAUUUAAGAAUUGAAAAUGCUUUGGGUAAAAAAUUACCAAAAGAAGAUAAACCAUCAAAAGAAAUUUUAGAUGCUUUACAUAUACAUGUUGAUAAAGCUACAAUUGAAGCUAUAAGACAAACAAAAGAAAUACAUGAUAAAAGAGGUAAAAGAAGAAAAGAUGAUGAUCGGGAGGAAAAGUGA